AUGACAUUUACAACCGGUGUCAAAAAUUCAUUAGACAUGUCAAGCAUGGAGGCAUUGCUGGCGAAGCGAAAAAUCAAUCUGACGUCCAGCUCGGGCUUCAUAACCGAAACCGAAGCGGCGGCCACGCGACAAAGACGCCAACAAGAAUGGGAACGCGUCCGCAAAGCAACCGACCCUUUGAAACGGCCGGAAGACAGCGACGGCCGCUCGCUGUACCAAAAGCUGCAGGACCAAAAACGCAAACGCGAAUUCGAAUUUUACGAAUCACGUCGGCUCAGUAAGAACAGUUUGUAUUUUAGCCAAAACAUUUACGAGGAUACAUUUCUAGAGAACAUGAUCAAGGGACUCGACGACGACGAGAUCGAGUUCCUCGAUCUGGUCGACAGGUCGAAAAUGGAGGCCGACCGGAAAAAAGAGCUGGAGGAGGAGCAAGAGCUGAACGAUUACCGUAAUCGUGUGGCCAUCCUCCACGAGAAAAACUUUGUCGAUCGGCUCAAGCCCAAGGUUGUUGCGACAGAGCGGAAGUCUCUGAGCAACCGGGCAUCCCAACAAAAAUUGCUCCGCGGAGCUGUUGUCAAGAGGAAGGUGGAGGAGCCCGAGCCAAAGGCUAAGAUGCCAAAAAUUGAUAAGGAAAUAAAGAAGAGAAAUGAUGAGCCCGGUGAUUGUGUUUUGCCCGGUUUGGGGGACUAUUUGGACACCUCGAGUGGCGAAGAAACCAGUUGAACCAGUCCUUACUGUAAUCCGAACAAUAAUUGUACAAAAAAUUUUCGUGAACCUUCACAAUAAUUAAGAAAAAUACAAAAUAAACAAUUAUUGAUUUGAA